AACAGAAAACAGCUGCUCUAAAUAAAAAAAAUCUUUUGUGUUAUUGUCGAACUUUGAUGAUUAUUUUUUUAAUUUGUAUGCACAUUCCUAGCGAUAAUGGAAGUUAAUCCGAUGGCAAUAAUUCUGGUGUAUUUGGAUAGCAAAGGAGAUAGAUUGUUAUACCGUUACCCAUAUCAAUUGCAAAAUGGUGAAAAAUCACCAUUAGCUCAGCCGACUCCACCGCCACCACCCAUUGUUCCACAUGUGGAUAGUAGUAGCAGUAUAGUUAGUGCCAGUUCCAAAACAGGAAUUGAUUUGAUUCAAAAGAAACGCAGUCGUUUUGCUUUGCAAAAUUCAGACGAUUUACUACAACCGGCCGCUACCAAUAGUGGCAAUAAUAUUGCUGUUACCAAAGCAGGACAAUUAUACGGAUUUGCUGAUGAAGUCUUGGCUCCACUAUUUGCAGUGAAACCACAAUUGUGCAAUCAGAAAUUUGAACUCAAGGUUAAUGAUGUACGUUUUGUAAGUCAUCCCACCUUGGUAUCCAGAAAAGAGCAGCGGCAAAAUUUUACAACACAAAUUGGAAGCUUGAAUGUUCCACCAAAUAAUCAGCCACAAUUGUUAACACAACAAAAUGUGACACCAGCACAAAGUAAUCAAAACACCCAGAAAUCGCAGCCUCAACAAAUGUUGGUCAAUAUUGUCUUUGCUCUACAUGCUCAGGCAAGUUAUUCCAUUGUAAAAUGUUAUUAUGACUUAAGUAAACGUCUGGGAUUAGCACUAAAAGUAGAGGAACAGAGAGGAGGUUAUCUGACAGAAGAGACCGGGUUAAUGGCACGAACACAUGAUGAAGUCUCUUCGAAACAACAACCUUUGGAAAAAGCCUUUGAUUUGAUAUCCGAACGAUGUAGUUUAGCUCAAUCUUUAAAAUCGAUAUACCAUGAUUUGUGUACCACGGGUCUACUGAAUAGUACCAUUAAUCAAAAUCUCACCUUAAGCUUCUGUCUCCCAGCCAAAGCUCAUCAGCUUCACAAAAAAGGCAGCAUGGUGGACCCUGAGACAAUCGAUCGCUGUUUAAAAUCCUUAAAACCAUACCAUGGCAUGUUGCUACUCGUGGAUUUUGCUGAACUUUUAGAUUGUGUUCCACCAGCUGGAGCCAGAAUGCUGUUGCAGCUUAUUGAAGUAUACACUCCACUAAUGAGUUUACAAAGUAUGGGAUCUGAUGCUGAUCUUAGCAUUGAACAUGUUAAUAAAUUGGUCUCCCAUUUAGUUUAUUGGGCCAAAGCUACCAUCAUUUAUCCGUUGUGUGAAACAAAUGUAUAUGUUAUUGCACCGGACGCUCCCCUUCACACGAAAUCUCACUUGGUGGAAAAGUUCUCGGUGCGAUUUCCUGGCAUGUCAUUAUUUGAAGUAAUCUCCGAUUUCUCAUUGCCCACUUCGAUUGGUCAUUUGACCACUCCACUGCAGCAGUCUGCUAGACAGGGUAUUCUAGCACAAAUGGUUUUGUGGAUGCUGCAGCAUCAUUUGCUAAUGCAACUGCAUACUUAUGUGCAAUUUAUGCCCAGUGAUUUGACCGAUUUGGACAGUGAUGAAGACAAUGACGAUGAUGUAGGAUGCGAGUUGGAAUCGGCUUCUCUAAUGGAUCUAGCUGGUUCGAUUUUGGGCCAAGAUGAUAUAAUAUUACCAGGACGCAGUAGUAAUGUCAGUGAUGAUGAUUUAGGCGCUGGUUCCUUGUUGAGUAUGUCUAGUCAACCAUUACCCGUACCGCAUACUAGUCGUCGAUCUAUAACGGAAGAUAGGUUUUCCGGAGGUGGUUCUACUACAUCGGAUAAUAUUGCUGCUCAACCUUCAUCAAGUCAUAAAUCAAAUUUUAGCAUGACAGCAUCCUUAAGUACGGAUAAUUGCGAUAGUAUAGCAUCCAUAGAAGAUGAGGAAAAAAUAAAAGAACUUAUACAAGUUUUUGAAGAAUCAGAUCGACCCGCCAUACGACGUAUACCAGCCUCAGCAAAUCUUGAUGACUUAUCAUUGAUGGUCAAACUAUAUCAGGCGGGUUAUUUUAAAAGUGAACAUCAUUUAGAGGAAAUCAUGUAUUUUGAAAACUUAAGACGUUCCCAACUGUUACAACUGCUCGAUAAGUUUCGAGAAGUUUUAAUAAUUUACGAAACUGAAGAUCCAGCUAUAGCUUCAAUGUAUAAUAAUAAAAUGCCAGGAGAAUGGUAAAACAAUUGAAAUAUGUAUAUAAACAAGAUAAAAAAGAAAAGAAACUGAAACUGAAUUGUAUGCCAAACGUACAAAAAAAGUAAUUGAAAAUAUGAAAUUGCUUUGUAAAAAAACACCCCGUCAAGAUUUUGUAAAUAAAACGGCAAAUAUUUUCUUUUUAAUAUAAAUUUAAAAUAAUUGUGGUAUUUUUAGUAUAUAUGUAUUUUAUUGUUGUAAUUAUUAUAAUGCUUUGCUUACUUAAUAAUUAAAUCAAUUGUUGUUGUUGGUUUUUUAUAUAAAAAAAUUAAAGAAACACAUUUAUUUUAUAA